CUACUACGUCAUCUCUUCGCGACGCGUCAAGUGACGGCGCACGAUUCCACAACUACAACAGCUCGUGCAAGAAACUCCCUGAACAAAAUCGUGUUUUUAGUCUUUGACCGUUUGAAAACCGUUACGUGUGACCGGAGGUUUCGCAAAGGGGUGGAAUUAAGUGAAAAUAGCGAGAAAAGCAACGAGUGUGAGUGACAGUGGUGUGAUUCCACCGUGAAAACGACACCUGGUGAACUCUGCGUCUUUUUGCAUGAUGGAUGAAGAGGAGCUGGUGGAGUACUUCAGAGCUCAGUUGAGGGAAGACCCAGACAUAGCUUCAGCUGUGGCCGCCAUUCGCACUCUGCUUGAAUUCCUCAAACGAGACAAAGGUGAGACCAUCCUGGGCCUUAGGGAGAGUAUGAAAUGGGCCACAGCCUGUUUGACAGGAGUGGACUCCUCUGUGGCUGUGUCCUCAGGAGGAGAGCUUUUCCUGCGCUUCAUAACCCUCACAUCACUAGAGCACCAGGAUCUGUCACGUUGUAAGAAGAUGAUGGAGGAGAGAGGAGAACUAUUUCUAGAGAAGAUCUCAAUGUCCAGGAGCAAAGUUGCCAAGCUUUGUCACACCUUUAUCAAAGAUGGCGCUAAAAUCCUGACUCACUCUUACUCCAGAGUCGUCCUCAGGGUGCUGGAAAAAGCUGCAGCCGAGAAGAAACGCUUCUCAGUCUAUGUGACUGAAUCGCAGCCUGACUCAGCCGGGCGACAGAUGGCAGAAGCCCUGAGGAAACUCAAUGUUCCAGUCACAGUUGUCCUGGAUGCAGCCGUGGGGUAUGUCCUGGAGAAGGUGGAUCUAGUGAUCAUUGGCGCAGAGGGAGUGGUGGAGAGUGGAGGAAUCAUUAACAAGAUCGGCACUUACCAGAUGGCGCUGUGCUCCAAAACUCACAACAAGCCCUUCUAUGUGGUGGCAGAGAGUUUUAAAUUUGUCCGCCUGUAUCCGCUCAACCAACAGGAUGUGCCCGACAAAUUUAAGUACAAAGCAGAUACUCUGAAGACAGUGCAGAACCUGUCAGAGGAGCAUCCCAUCAUAGAUUACACGCCUCCUUCCCUCAUCACCCUCCUCUUCACUGACCUGGGAGUCCUCACCCCGUCUGCCGUCAGCGACGAACUCAUCAAACUUUAUUUAUGAAUAUGCCUCAGAAUUCUCAAAUAAAACCCCUUUUCCUAAGGUAAAACAAA